AGACUGUACACGUGUCCUCAGUGAAGUGACAGCUCAGAUAUGAAGGCAGAUAUUGCUACAGAGUCCGGCAUCAAUAUGGAGGAGAAAAUAGACGUGGAAGCGGGAGAAAAUCCCUUUCAACCUUAUUUAGACGCUUUAAAGAAGGUGUUGGAAGACCAAGAUCCCAUAUUUAUGAUCGGAAUUGUUGUUUCUUUGGCUGUUGUUGUCAUUACUUUUGUGUUGUUGAAGCACUUACUAAGCAGAAAAACUGUCCAAAGUGCUGUGCUGCUGGUUGGGCUCUGCGAUUCUGGAAAGACCCUUCUCUUUAGUCGAUUGUUAUCAGGAAAGUUCAAGAAAACCCAGACCUCCAUCACAGACAACAGUGCCCCUUACAAAGCCAAGAACGAGAGGGGCAGCAGCUGGCUCCUGAUUGACUUACCUGGACAUGACAGUCUUCGGCCUCAGUAUGUGGAGAAGUUCAAGUCAGCUGCCAGAGCCAUGGUGUUUGUGGUGGACAGUGCCAUCUUCCAGAAGGAAGUGAGAGACGUGGCUGAGUUCCUGUACUUCCUGUUGACUGACAGUGUAGUGUCCAGGAAUGUCCCCUCUCUGAUAGUGGCCUGCAACAAGCAAGAUAUCACCAUGGCAAAGUCGGCUAAGCUGAUUCGUCAGCAGCUGGAGAAAGAGAUGAACACACUGAGAGUGACACGGUCUGCGGCUCUGGGCGCCCAGGAUGGGUCUGCGGGGGCCACCGUGCACCUGGGGAAGAAAGGCAAGGACUUUGAGUUCAGCCAGCUGCCCAUGAAGGUGGAGUUCCUGGAGUGCAGCGCCCGAGGCAGCAAGGGGGAGGACGGGGAGGCAGACAUCGCCAGCCUCGAGAAGAGCCUGGCCAAGCUGUGAGAUGACUGGGUCUCUUUAUUGACAAUUUAGUUCCCGUAGGUCACUACUUUGGCCAAGAGCCAUUUAGUUCCCAUAGGUCACUGCUUUGGCCAAGAGCUCUUGAGUGGGGUGCAUUAUGGGAAAUUAGGCUAAGGUCUCUCAGCAUAUCAGGUAUCUUCGUCAGGACUCCAGACUCAACACAACUACACUAUGGAAGUGAGUUGUGCUGACAUCACAGUGGUACUUGAUGUAUUGAAUGCUAAUUUUGCUUAAAGAUCUGAUAAUUUCAUUUGUUGCUUUGCUCGUCUCUAGCAGGUGUUACUUUGUGUCUAGCAAAUGACCCGUCCUCUUCAUAGUGGAUAGUCUCACCCACUGCUAUGAAACAAUGGCAAUAUCUAUUUCUACUAUUUUGUUUUUUCCCCUCAUCAGCAUUUGAAUAAUCCAUCAAUCAUGAUAUCCUGUGAAUGUGAUGAGAUAUUUCACUAAACCCACCUCAGACGACCUAUCGGAUUUCUCCAUUUUAGAUUACAGCAGUUAGUAUUCCGAACACAGAUUUUGGUUCCUUUUUGGAAUGGGUUAGUUGAAUGUUCCAUCCGUUUGUAUUGUGGUCCAGUGCAUUCUGUAGUUCCAACACCUUUUUAAAGGGGGAAGUUGACCAUGAAUCUGUAUGACUUUUAGCCAAAUAGGAAUGUUCUUAUGUUUUUGUCUUGUUCAGCUUGUAAAUAAAAUCUGUUUUUAUGAUUUA